UUACCCACUUCAAGGACCUCACGAUCGAUGAUCAAGUUAUCUCAAGUCGGGAUUGCUAGAACUCAGAGGCCGGAGUUAGCAUACAUUGGAUGGCGGCUGACGGCUUGUCCAUGAGGAUGGCAAGUUCGGUUUUCCUUCACGAGAGCAAUGGCGAGGUAUAAAAUGGCCCCCUUUACGCCAUCGCUGAGCAAAGAACAGCAACAGUAUCGACACUUCUCAUCCUUCACUCAGAUCAACUUUCAUAAAUACAUCUCGUCUUUUCAAAUCACCACAUAGCUUUUUAUCACCAUCAACUUCACCAUGUCUGAAUUCUUCCAGCCUGCUCCGGAGCCACGCACCGAGCUCGGUCGGUACCGGAUCCUCUCGUCGACCGCGGGCAUCCGUGUGUCUCCUCUCCAGCUGGGUGCCAUGUCAAUCGGCGAUGCCUGGUCCGGGGUCAUGGGCUCAAUGAGCAAGGAAGACUCCUUCAAGCUACUGGACGCCUUUGUGGAAGCCGGAGGAAACUUCAUUGACACGGCAAACAAUUACCAAUACGAACAAUCCGAGACCUGGCUAGGCGAAUGGAUGGCUGAGCGGAAGAACCGGGACCAGCUCGUGUUGGCCACCAAAUUCACGACCGACUACAAGUCUUACGCCCUGGGCAAGGGCAACGCGCCCAACCACUGCGGAAACCACCGGCGAAGCCUGCACAUGAGCGUGCGCGACUCUCUGCGCAAACUCCAGACCGACUGGAUCGAUGUCCUGUACCUCCACUGGUGGGACCACUCGACCUCGAUCGAGGAGAUCAUGGACAGUCUGCAUAUCUUGGUUGAACAGGGCAAGGUGCUCUACCUGGGUAUCUCGGAUUCUCCCGCGUGGGUCGUCAGUGCGGCCAACUACUAUGCCCGCUCUCACGGGAAGACCCCCUUCAGCAUAUACCAGGGGCGGUGGAACGUCAUGCUGCGGGAUUUCGAGCGCGAGAUCAUCCCCAUGGCACGGCACUUCGGCAUGGCCCUGGCCCCCUGGGACGUGCUCGGCAGCGGCAAGUUCCAGACCAAGAAGGCGGUUGAGGAGCGUAAGCAGAAGGGAGAAGCGCUGCGGUCCAUGAUCGGAGGCAAGUGGCAGAGCGAGGAGGAGAUCCAGAUGAGCGAAGCCCUGGCCAAGGUCGCCGGCGAGCAUGGCAUCGAAUCAGUGACGGCCAUUGCGUUGGCCUAUGUCAUGGCCAAGGCCCCCAAUGUAUUCCCUCUGGUGGGUGGCCGCAAGGUCGAACACCUGUACGACAACAUCCAGGCGUUGAAGAUCAAGUUGACCCCGGAGCAAAUCGAGUACCUGGAGAGCGUGCGACCCCUCGAUGUGGGCUUCCCUAACAACUUCAUCGGGGUGGAUCCCAAGGUGACGGGGAAGACGAGCGGGUUGUUGGCAAGCAAUGCGCCGAUUGCGUGGGUGCAGUCCGCGAAGCCGAUCAGUCCGGCAUGAGAGGGUUCAUGAUGUGAUGAAGUAUCUAGUUUCUUGUUGUAUCUAUCUACUCUUUAAUUUCCAGUCUAAUUGCUAUACUAUUUGACACUAAUGCAAUAAUUAU